AUGCGUAAAGAUAUCGUCUAUCUUAGUGGUAUAGGGGGUGUAUAUGACAUUCAAUGCACUACACAAAUUCAGAGCGAAGUUAAGACCGGGGAACGUUUAAAGUAUGGUUUCCGUUGUUUAGCCUGGGCCUGUAGCAAAAGUGACAUCCGGGCCAUACACACGUUGUGCAUUGGCAGGAAGGAUUCACAAGUGCCGUCCAGAGGUUUGCUUCUUGUUUAUCCUGGUGAAAUUGGUGUUGUCCGGGCCAGACUCAAACAAGUUGUUGUUGAAGGGAUGCACCAGCAGGGACAUAUCGGUUUGAUCGAAAUACCUACUAGUCUUUUAAAUCGUGAAGAGGCCGAGACGGCGUCGGAAGAUGAAAGUAAUUUAAAUCAUGACAAUGAUAACUCUGACACCUUGACCGUAUGCUCAAACACUGCUUCCGCCAAUUCGAGCACGAUCACAGCAGGCUCAGACACUCUCAGUGCAUGCUCAGAUUCUGAGACUUGGGAAAUAUUGCACGAAACCGACAUUCAUACAGAACGGGAUGAUUCGUAG